CUAGUACCAGACAAAUACAUUUGUCCACCACUAUCAUCUUUAGUUUUGUCACUUACCCUUACUUUUUCAUCAUAAAUACUUUUCUCUUUACCAGUUUCUCUCUUUUACUUUCCCAAAUACACUAACCAGUCAACUUCUUGGAACAUCAAACAAGGUCCCAAAACCCUAGGUUUGUUCAAAUUCAAAUACCCUCUCUCUGAAUCUCUCUGGAAAAUUCCAUUACUUUAGUACUUCAAAAGAAUUUUAAACGAAGACUCAAUCCUUUGUUCUUCUUAACAAACAUCUGAAGGAAAAUCAAUUCAUUUCUGUUUGAAUUGGAGAAAUAACUGUCUUCAUUCAUGGCUGAGAUUCUUAAAUCCGAGAAGGGUUUCUUCUGAGAAAGGGGCAGUGACCCUUUUUACUGUUUUGAGUAAAGGAUAUGAAGAAAUUGAUUGGGAGCCCAGGGACUUUGGGUGGGUUAUUACUGAGAGUAGGGCAAUGUUUGUUUGCUGCUGCUUCAAUUGCUGCAAUGGCUUCUGCCUUUGGAUUUUCCAACUACACUGCUUUCUGCUAUUUGAUUGCUUCUAUGGGACUUCAAGUAUUGUGGAGUUUAGGACUCGCGUUUCUUGAUGCCUAUGCUAUAAAGAUAAAGAGAGACCUUCAUAACCCUGUCUUAGUCAGCCUUUUCGUUGUUGGGGAUUGGGUAACUGCUACACUGUCACUUGCAGCCGCAUGUUCUUCAGCCGGGGUUGCUGUUCUGUAUACAAAAGACAUGGGAUUCUGCAAGUCCCUACCUCACCACCCGUGCAGCAGGUUCCAAAUCUCCAUAGCUCUGGGUUUCAUCACUUGGUUCCUCAUAUUUACAUCAUCUCUUGUAACGUUUUGGCUCUUGGCGUCUGCUUGAACUCCUUUCUCGACACAUACAUCUGCGCCUGUUCUCUUCACACAAACACACAUACUAAUGCAUACUGCUGUCAUGUAAAAAUUUGGUGUACGUACCUUGUUUUUGGUUGGUAACCAAAAUCGUCUGUCACUUGGAAUGUGUUUUUUUCCCUUGUAUUUUCUAGAAGCAGGAGCUCAUCCUCAUCGCUUCAUACUCUCAAAAAUCCGUAGGACCACCAUAAUUUUACUGAACAAUUUUCUGUUUCUUCAAAACUUCCUCAGCACUCACAUUCAUCAACAUUUUGUUUAACAAUUUUCCUCUUCUUUUUCUUCAAAACUUUCUCAGCACUUACACUUUCAUCAGCAUUUUCCUCAACUGUUUUCUUCACUUUUUUUUUUCUUCAAAUCUCUCUCAGUACAGCGACGUUUCACACAAAUGUCAACAGUUAAAGAAGCAGUAGUAGAAAGCGGAGAAAAAGACCAGUCAACUGCUGGUGCUGUUUGUGUGAAACCCGCCUUGCUGAGAGAUUUGAAGAUAACAAAGAAGAAAAUUGUUGACGAAAAUGUUGAUGAAAGUGCAAGUGUUGAGGAAGUUUUGAAGACAAAUGUUGAGGAAAGUGAAAAUGCUGACUUGAAAAAAUAAUGGUGGUCCUAGGAAGAUUUUUGAGAGAGUGUGGAGCGACGAGGAUGAGCUCCUGCUUCUGAAAGGUGUUUUACCUACCAACUGCGUGAGACAAUUCAGCCGUUACUUGACUGGUCGAAAACACUUUUAAGUCAACAAUCGAGCUGUUAUCUGUGAUAAUCAGAAUUAUAAAUUUGUGCUUUAACUUAUUCUUUGUUUC